CGCGUUCACGGCCUCGCUCUCACCACUCAAUCGUGUCGCACGCGCGAAACCACCACCACCGCCUACCAUCUAGCAGUCAUGGUAGAUGCAGAUAGCUCCCAGGAACCGCGCAGGUCACAGCGAGAUAGGAAGCAGGCCACACACUUCGUUCCGGUGAACAGCAGUCUUCUCAAGCGAAAGCGGAGUGACGAGACCAGCGACGACGACGCGCGGAGCGAGCUGAGCGACCCAGCGUCCCAAGCUGACGAGGCAGAAGUGGGGGAUGAGUUCGAUGCACCCAAAACGAAGCCCAAGACCUCCACGAAGACCAAAAGGAAGGCGAAGGAGCCAAAAGAAGCCGGUGCCCCUCCGGCUGCAAAGAAGCCUCGAGCUACGAAGAAGGCUACGAUUCCAAAGACAGUGAGGAGCGCGUCGAGGGCGACGACCUGCGCUGAUGCGCCCGAAUUUGACGCGGAACAAGUGGCGAAGGAAACCAAGAUCUCGGCAGACAACUCGAUCUUCAACGCGAUCAUCAACCCCACUAUUGCUCUUCAAUCGGUAGCGGAGGACUUCCUGGAGUCGCUCUCGAGGACACCCGGACUUAGUCUUGCCGAACUCAUCAACUGUGUCCUCCGCGCAUUUGACAAGCUCGAUGACUUCACCGAGAUCCUCAAGAAGGAUGAUUCACCUAUCUAUCCCCUCACAUCCAAGCUACCCGUAUUUAAGAGAUUCCGGACUUCACUAUCCGAAGUCAUCGCACGGAUCAUCACGUCCUCAGCAGCGCACGGGUCCCUCUAUAGCUCUGACCUCAUGGCAACUCUGCAGACUUGGGUCGUCGCCAUGUCGUCUUCCCAACUGCGCAGUUUCCGUCAUACGGCAACCGUUAUUGCACUUGAAGUUGAGACGGCGCUCUGCGACGUCGCAGCUGCUGUUGAGAACGAGGCAGAGAUAGUGAGUAGGCAGAGGGAAGGCGAGCGCAAGAGGAAAGCGGCUGCAGGACGUGGCGCGGAUAAGAGCAAGGCGGCGACUGCCAGGGAGAAAGAGCUGGAAAGCAAAGCCGCAGAGGUGAGGGAGCGGAGGGCGAAGCUUGCCGAGUUCCUGAAGGAAUUUGUGGACGGCGUGUUCGUCCACCGUUACCGCGACCUUGACCCGAGCAUCCGAGCCGAAUGCGUUCGCGCCAUGGGGCUCUGGUUCGCGAAGUAUCCCGCGCACUUCCUUGACGGCGCCUACCUUCGAUACGUCGGGUGGGUACUGUCUGACGCGCAGACCCCGGUGCGCUUGGAGGCGGUCCGCGCCCUCACGCUCGCAUACGAGCAGACCGCAUACAUUGGCGCGGCUGCGCUGCAGCAUUUCACCGAGCGCUUCAAGCCGCGACUGGUCGAGAUGGCCCUUGGCGACACGGAGCUCUCCGUGCGUGUUGCCGUCGUUCAGGUGCUGAAGGCUAUCGACGGCCACGGUCUGCUGGAGGACGAGCAGAGGGAGAAGCUGUGCCUGCUAGUUUUCGACGAGGAAACGAGGGUCAGGCGCGCUGUCGGCGGGUUCGUCAAGGGCGUAUGGGAGGAAAGCGUCGAAGAGCGCUUAGUUGGUAGGAAGCCCACUGGAAGAGACAAGACGAGAGCGGGGUUCAAAGGGCUUGGCAUGCUGCUGGUGCAGUGGGGUCGGGCGCUCAACACAGAAGGCGAUCAGGACGACGAAGACGACCUGGGUGAAGGGACAUCCAAGCAGGUCAAGGAGAAGAACGUCGCGUCCAUCGUUGGGACAGGCCAACAGAAAGGCCGUAUCGCGCUCGCGGUGGAGGCACUGUGGGAUGAGAUUGAACCCCUCAGCGACUGGGAGAACCUCCUGGAGAUGUUACUGUUGGACCACUCUGCGGCCGGUGGGGAUACCUCCUCGCAAGAAUCCAUGGACCGAGAUGAAGGUGUUGAUAAUGCCUGGCGCUUGGAGGAAGCGGAGGAGGCCGUAUUGCUCGAGAUGCUGAUUGCCGUGCUACGCAAGACCAAGGCCGAUGCUAGCGGCGGAAAGAAGGGUGAAGACGAAACGGUGGCUUCGGACAUCACCCGUGCUCUCAUGAAGGCUCUGCCCAAGCUUUUUGUGAAGCACCAGACAGACGAGAAUCGAAUGGCCGACGUCCUUCUCAUCCCGCAGCUGAUGAAUGUCGAGCUGUACCUCGAAAUGAGGAUGAUGACGGCUUACGCCAAUCUAUGGGAAGACAUCACCAAGCAGUUCACGUCGCAUUCUUCGCCCGUCGUCCUCACGAACGCUGUUACUACCAUUCGACACCUCAUGGACGCCACAAGCCUUUCCAACACCAACAGCACCCAGAUUCUCGAGCUGGAGGAUGGACUAUCUGUAUCGUUGCGCGAUGCGAUCGCGAAUAGGGACGAGAUCGAGAUUGCUUCCUUCAAUGAAGACGAAGUGAUCAAGAUUGCUGCAAUCUGCGCUCGGUUGGCAGCGCUAAUCGGGAUUCGCGACAUGACGUCGUGGAUGGAAGAGGACGAGGGCGGGAAGCAAAGUUCUGCAUGGGACAUCAUGAAUGCAUUAGCCGAACGGGGCAGGCUAGGCUACAAAGAGGAGGAACUGAUGGUCGACCGGGCGUUGCAAGUGCUCACGCUGCACAUUAUCUGGAAGGCGCGAAAUUUGACUGCUACUGAGGGCGAUCUAUUGCCCGAAGAGCAGCGCUUCCAGGAAAAGCUACAGGAGCAACGGGACGCGCUUUUGGAGAAGCUGCUCGAGUUCGCCAUUGGUACACAGUCAAAUACAGCGGAAGGCGUUCGGCGCGCGGCAUUCCAAAAUUUGAUGAACCUUCAUAUUCUCUUUUGUCCCACGCAGUCCAUCGCCCCGGAUGGUAGUCGGCUACCCACCGCCUCUCUCCCCCUAUCACUGGAUGAUGAAACACAAUACCGUUGUGCCGGUUACAUCCAAGCAGCGAUCGAACGAUACGCUGACGAGCUGGAAGAAGCGUCGCCUUCUGAGGGACGUAGGAGUGAUGAAGACGAAGACUCUAAUGCCAGCGACCCCGAGAAUGACGGCCCGGCCAAAGGCGGAAAGACCACUGCUGGCAAAACCAAACAGGUCAAAAAGACAUCUGAGAAACGCCCUGUAUCACGCUCGCAGCUGGAGAAGGAGUACAUCUUCAUCGGCGUCAUAGCUACAUUCUUGCGAGCGAUCCGUGCAGGCGUGAUCCAUUUCCGGCACUCAGCCACGUUGCUCGCUCAUUAUGGUCGCCUGGGGCCGGCAUUUGACCUGUGUGCCAAAGUCAUCGUCGAUAUCUUGCGUGAGGAAGGCAUGUACAAGGAGAACGGUGAUGCUGUGGUGGCUGUUAUCUGCCAGGGGCUCCGAGACUCCUUCUCGCUGCUUCUGGACGGCAUGGUGUAUACCGAAGAUCAUACAGUGGCUUUGGGGAAGACAUUGCGCGCUUGCCUCAUCAUCCGCGGGGCACAGCUUACUGUGGUGAAGAAGCUGGAAGGCAAAUUCGUCGUGAAUAUCCACACAAGCCUUCUCACUUGGACAACUAAGCGUAUCGCUGCAUAUGAGAAUGCGAAGAACAAGAAGGCGCGCAAUAAGUGCAUUCUCUUCUUCAAGGCUAUGUUACCUCUGUUGUCGACGUUGGACAAUCGUGACGCCCUUAUUGUGAAAGCACAUUACGACCAGGUGCUUGCGCAGAAUCAGCUUGAAGUGCCUCCGACCGCGCAGCCAUGGGAGCCCUGUCGCGCGUACGAGAGGAAGCUUACAACAAUUAUGUCCAAAGACAAAGCCUCUGCGAAAAGGACAAAAGGAGGGAGAGGCGGAGAGGUUGUUACAACAGAUGAUGAGGGCACAGGCGCGGAAACUGCUGACGAGAAUCCUGCGCCAGCUCGACCACAACCGAAACCACGACCGAGACGUCGUGCUGCUCGAGGAGCUGAACAUGCCACCGAUACAGAGGGUCACGCUUCUGAUAGCGGUGCCGGUCCAAUUGCUGCUUCUACACCCAAGGCGCGUCCACGUCCCCGGCGAGCGACCCGCAAGAAAGCCUCGACGGAAUCACCUAUCAGCCCACUCACACCUUCCCCCGAACCCAAUGUCGCGGCCCGCGAGGACGAACGUUCAGAGGGAGAGCCAGAAGACGACACCCAGACGCCGCGUGCAUCUCAAUUUCAGGAUGAGGCCGAAGUGCCUCAACCCAACCUUUCCCAAGAGACGCAAGCGGACGAGAUUCAGAUACGGAGGAAACGUAUCCGUCACUGA